AUGGACCCAGUGGAUGGAUUUGGAAAUCGUAGUUCUUUUGAGUUUGAGUUGACAAAUGUUCAUCAACUUCAAGGCAAAGUAUGCAGUCCACGAUUUGAAACGAUGCCAAAUAUUUUUUGGCAAUUGGGAUUUGUACUUGAAUCACCAAAUGAUCCCGAAUAUUGUGCAGUCUAUCUCCAUGCAAUUUGUAACAUGGAUGAAGUGGACGAGUAUGAUCCGUCUAGAAAUAAUUGUCUACCUGCUAGAAUGUAUUUGAAACGACCUGAUGGAUCGAUUAUCAAAGAAAUGACUACAUCUUCAAGAUUUAAAUUCAAAGCUGUCAAGAUUCGGAGAUUACGUAUGGCACAAUUUUGCAGACGUUCUAGACUUACCGAUAACCUUAUCAUCGGAGUUAGAUUGAAAAGUACACAACUUGGAAAUCAUUUUUUUAGAACAUUAUCAUUCCAUGAACCUGUUCCAAUUAAACCAAUUCCUGGAACUUUAAUAUCAGCUUGGAAAAAUGAAUUUCAAAAACCUGGAUCAGGUGAUGUUAAAAUUACGGUUCAAGGACAAACAAUUUUUGCAAGUAGUUCAAUUCUUGCAAAACGUUCAGAAUAUUUUCAAAGAAUGUUUAAUGGAUCAUGGUUAGAAUGUAACCAAUCUAUCGCUAAUGAACAGUACAUGAUUGAAGAUGAUGAUACUAUAUCAAGUGAUCGUAGAGGCUCAGAAGUUGAUGCAUCAUCAAAAAUGAUAAUUAAUCGGCAUUAUCAAUAUUCAGUUGAUAUUCCAGAUUUUGAUUAUCAAACCGCUGUUCAAAUGCUUUUAUUUCUUUAUACGGAUCAAGUGGAUAUUAAUAAUUGUCCAAAUAUUUGGAAUCUUUAUACAAUCGCUAAUAAAUAUCUAAUAACAGAUUUAGAGAUGGAAGCAAAAUUAAAGAUUCUUGAAGGAAUGAGUAUAAAUACUGCAGCAGAAAGUUUAUUUGGAAAUGCAUGGAAAUGGCCAGAUUUAAAGAAAAGAUUUUUGAGAUAUGUUGUUGAUAAUUUUUCACAAAUUAGGAAUAGUCUUGGUUACAAAAAUAUAGUAGCAAAUCGUUCGAAAUAUUCAAUGUUUCUUGAGUUGAAUAGCGAGAUCUUAUUGGCAUUUGUUCCCGAAACUGUUGAAUCUUGA